GCGCACGUAAAGCAGCCUACGGGUCCUCAUCCUUAAGCCGUGAGUGACGUCACGCAGCCUUUCUCCACGGACCUCGAUGGAAGAAACGUGGAGUCGGAAGUGUGUGAAGAAAUUCAUGUUAUACUAGCAGCAGGUUCCUCACAAAAGUGUCAAGUUGUCAAGAAUGGAGUACAUGCAGUCCGUUGCCACAAGCACCCAGGGAAAUAUCCUGUGCUGCACUUGUGGUGUCCCAAUUCCUCCUAACCCAGCCAACAUGUGUGUGGCUUGUCUGCGCACUCAGGUAGACAUCUCGGAGGGAAUUCCUAAACAAGUAACAGUCCAUUUCUGUAAGCAGUGUGAAAGGUACUUGCAACCUCCAACCACAUGGGUACAGUGUGCUCUGGAGUCCAGGGAGUUGCUCGCCCUUUGUCUGAAAAAAAUUAAAGGCUCUAUGACCAAAGUGCGUCUUAUUGACGCUGGCUUCUUAUGGACAGAGCCUCACUCCAAAAGGAUUAAGAUGAAACUUACCAUACAGAAAGAAGUGAUGAACGGUGCCAUUUUACAGCAGGUCUUUGUGGUGGAGUUUGUCAUCCAGCCUCAAAUGUGCGACGACUGCCACCGUGUGGAGGCCAAAGACUUUUGGAAGGCUGUGGUUCAAGUUAGGCAGAAGACUGCCCACAAAAAGACAUUCUACUAUCUGGAGCAGCUAAUCCUCAAGCACAAGCUCCACCAGAAUGCCCUAAACAUCAAAGAAAUUCAUGAGGGCAUCGAUUUCUACUACGGCUCCAAGCAGCACGCUCAGAAGAUGGUCGACUUCCUCCAGUGCACCGUGCCCUGCAGGUCAAAGAUGUCCCAGCGGCUCAUCUCUCACGACAUCCACUCAAACACGUACAACUACAAGAGCACAUACUCUCUGGAGAUAGUACCAGUUUGCAAGGACAACGUCGUGUGCCUGUCUCCGCGGCUGGCGCAGAGCCUGGGGAACAUGGGACAGGUGUGCGUGUGCGUCCGUGUCACCAGUACCCUCCACCUCAUCGACCCAAACACCUUGCAGAUUGCCGAGGUUGAUGGGAGCACAUACUGGCGCCAUCCCUUCAACGGCCUCUGUAACCCACGGCAACUGGAGGAGUUUAUCGUUAUGGAUAUUGACAUCAUCAGAGACCAGAAGCUGGCUGCUGGAGCCGGCAUGAGGUCCAAUAAGCACACCCUGGCUGAGUUGUGGGUACAAAAGACAUCAGAGAUGGACACCUGUCAGCAGUACCACUGCCGCACGUUCUUGGGCCACCUGCUCAACAUUGGAGACCUGGUGAUGGGGUUUGACUUUGCCAAUUCCAAUGUCAACGACGAGUUCUUGAAUAAGAUGAACCCUCAUCAUGUACCAGAUGUGGUGCUAAUCAAGAAGAGCUAUGACCGCAGCCGCAGAGUGAGACGCAGGAACUGGAAACUGCAGGAGAUGGCCAGAGACAAAGAUGGCAUGGAUACAGACGACCAGCGACAAUACCAAGACUUCCUGGAGGACCUGGAGGAGGAUGAGGCUCUGAGGAAGAAUGUUAACAUCUUCAGAGACUCCUCAAAGAUCCCGGUGGAGAGCGACACCGAUGAUGACGGCGCACCACGUAUCUCCUUGGCGGAAAUGCUGGAGGAGCUCAGCCUCUCGGACGCCACGGGAGGCGAGGGGGCUGACAUGAUAGAGUAGACAAAGCCACACCGCAAGAGCUGAGCUAAAGCAUCUCAUUUCUACUAGCCAGAAGAUUGCGACUUGAUUGAACCAGGUUAUGUUCUAAAUCAUGCAGUUUAUUCGGUUCAUUAGUUUCUGCCUGCACUUCCCCUAAAGGAAUAACAUUUUAGCAAUCAAAAUCAUGUAAUAUUUUGAAUAAGUGGGAGAGUCAAUGUCAAAAAUACAUAUUUCUCCAUAUGUGAACUA